AUGAGUUUUUUUGAGAAAUAAAAUAUGUCACAAGCUUAAUACUUUUAAGAGCUUUAAUAAAUAAUUUUAUCCGUUCCUUAAGUUAGUAUCAAAUAAUACUUGGAGCAAAAAUAAAUGUUUGGAAAGGAUGUCUCUUUAUUUUAUGAUGAAAUAGAAUACCUAAAAUAAGCGGAAACAUCUAUUCUUUAACUAAAAGAUAUAGCAGUAUACUUGGGUAAUAAAGUCGUAGAGGUUCGUAAAUAACACUAUGAAGAAAUAGAAUUUUUAGAAGCUGAGAUAAUGUAAGCAAAGGAAGAGAUCCAAGAAUAAAAAUAAAAGUUGUAAGAAUAUUACUAGAUUUACUAAAAUAUGGAGGAAAAAAAUAUCUAAUAUUAGAAAUAAAAUUUUGAGCUUGAAGAGCAAUGUGACAAACAUUUAUAAAGACUUACAACUCUCUACUAGACUAUGGAAGUUUUAGCAGAAUAAUAGCGCAUGCAAAAUUAAAACCAAACAAAAAAGAAUGCUUAUGUUAGUAUGUAAUAAAUCAAUGACGAAUUAGUGAUUAACAAUUUAAAUCACUCAAUAAGCUUACAGACUUUAGGGAAUAUAUAGCAAAUAGAUGAAUAAUUCAACUUUAAUUGCAAUUCUUGUACUGAAAAAUAAGUAAUGAUAGAAUCUUUAUAACAAGAAAUUGAUGAGAUUAGCUCAGAAAAAAAGAAUUUGAAGGAAUAAGUAUACACUUUAAAAAGCUAGUUAGAAGUUCUAAAAAAAAGAAAUGUAGAUCUAGAAAAGUAAUGUGAUAAUGUUGCAGUUUUAGAAAAAUACUCUUCUGUCCAAAAGCAGAGGUUGAAAAUACAACAAAAUAAGGCACAGCUAUAAUAGUAAUAUUUAAAUAGUACUGAUAAAGGAUUAUCACCUUCCUCUGCUAGCAUUAAUACAAAUAUACUUGAUGAUGAUCAUUUUCUACACACUUAAAAUGGCAAUUACUAGAGCCUAUUAGAGGAACUAAAUUAAAUUAAGCUAAGAAGUAUGAAUAUUAAUAUGUAGACUCUUACAGAAUUCAAUAACUCAAUACAAUAAGAUAUGAAUUCUUUCAGUGAUUUCUGCUCAACUAACAAUGAAAUUUCUAAAAAAAUACUAGAAGCAGACCCAGUUAGUUCAUUCAAUUACGAAAUAAAUUAGCCAAAUAAUUCCUCACAAUAAAACAAAAUAGCAGAUUAGCUAAACCAAUAACAGAAUAUUAAGAUUAUAACUUCAUCUGAAAAGAAUUCUCCUCACUAAAGUAGAGAGCCGAGGUUAUCUCUUUUUAAAAGAAAUAUGAUUAAUGAUGAUACAAAUUUACAAUAUUCUAAUAAACCAGCUACCAAUAGCAUAAACGUAAAUGCUAGAAUUAGAAAAAGCGAUUCAAUAUAUUAAUACAAAUCACCUGAUUAAAAAAGAGAGUUUUAUGGUCAUUUAAAGCAUGUAAAAAGAGAAUAUACAAACUCAUAGCCAAAUAAAAUGCCAUCUUAAAACCUUAUAAAUUCUAUUGAUGAGAAGAAUGAAAGUAUAUCAUCUAAUAAAACAAAUAAAAAUCAAAGUGAAUUUAGUUCUUUUGUCAAUGUUAAUUCAUUCAACGAGCGUGGUAUAAAUUAGUUAUUUAGUAAUGGAAGCAGUACUCAUAAUAAUAUAAUAGCUUAAAAUCAACUAGAAUAACAACCAUCAAAUAAUCAGAUUUUAUCAAUAUGUGAGCUUAAAUCUAAUUCAAAACACAAUAAAAAAAGAAGCGAACUUAAAUUUUAGCAACCCUUAUUUGAUGACUUAAAAAGUCUUAUGAGUAUUCAAGAUUAAUAGUCAUUUGCAUCUUUAAAUAUAAACUCUCAAAAAGGCACUUUCAAUGAAUUUUAUCAUAAAGAGGAGAUUAAAAAUAAGCAUGCAAACUAAUAUGGAGAAGAAGUAGAAGAAGAGGAAGAAGAAAAGAAAGAUUUUUUAAAUUCUGAUUAAUACAUGUAAAGCUUUGAAGGAUCUCAAGAAUUAAGGAGCCAUUCUGAUUUUAAUUCCAUGGAUGAAAUGGAUUAAACUAAAAAAUCAAUAAGUUAGCUUAAUACUGAGUAGAUUAUUUAAGAUACAGAUUAAAAUAGUUUAAAAUUCAUUAAAAAUUUUGAAUAAAUUACAAGUGGAUAGAAUACAUAGAGUAUAUCUGCUAAUAAUACAAAUGAAUAAUUAGAAGAAAAAAUAUAAAAUAAUAUAAACUCAGAUUCAUUGUUAAAAUUAGAAUCAACUUAAACUUUAAAAUGUAUUAUUCUACCACUCCCUAAAAAGACUAGAAGCUUAUUUUUCAAAAUUAUCUAAUGGUUAAUAUUUUUAUUCUUAAUACCCAUUAGUUUUAUAUUUGAAAAACCUAGUUUCUUAAAAGAAAUGAAAUAAAAAUAAUGA